AUGGAUGUAGAUGACAAUGGCGCAAAGUUUUUUGGUAUGAAUAAAUAUGAGAAUUAUGUAAAUAAAAAAAAAUCCAAAGAAAAUAAGAAUGGUAUUUCAAACUCCAAAGGGGAAGACAUAAAUCCCGGCACUGGAGAAUACGAUAAGAUUGAUGCACACGAGGACAAUGAUCAGUCGUACGAAGGAUUCGUCACCGUCUCAGACCAAUCUUCAUGUGUGAGCUCCAUUUACAAAAACAACUUUUAUGAUGACGACGAUGAGGAGGAGGAAGAAGAAGAGGUGGAAAAAAAUGCCAGCCAUACCGAUGAGGAUGAAAAGUUUAACUCUGUAAAUGGGACCAAUCAAUCGAGCGCAUCCCAUCAUCCCGAAAGUAAUACUAAAAACAAUUCUGAAGACUCCAUGUCGGAUGAAGAAUAUGCAACAUAUAUUGAUCAAAAGGAAAAGUAUGUAAAUAAAAUUCUCAAUAGAGGGGACAACAAUAGUUAUGAAGACAACGAUGAUGAUUUCUUGGAAUCGCUCGAAAAGUCAGGAAAAAAAUUAGGCAAGAAAAAUAAUUGGAAAAGGCUAUUUUCCUUCAGCAGGAAUAGCCACACAGAAGAGAAAGACGAAAGGUAUAAAACACCCGACCGCAGUGAACCCGUAGAGAAGGCGGCGCGUUAUGGAGAACCAGACACUGAUCAACCGAAAAGUGCAGGAUGCGCCAAUGGGAAGUCGUCGCAGGGAGAUCCUGCAGAUGGCCAUAGUGAUAACCAGGAGGGUGAGAACUCCGAUGUUCCAGGCGGGGAAGGCGAAUGCAAAGAUGGCGAAGAGGAGGACGACGAAGACGAUCUGUACUCCGUCAUAAGCGGGUCUGACGGGGACAACGAAAUCUUUCUCACCACGAAGGGAAAUAACAAAGCGUGCAUGGCAACCCCUAAAGGGGAUAACGCGAAGAAGGAUGGCCAAGGAACAAUCGAAUCACGGCAAGGAAGAGAAAUUCACAAUGAGGGGGGAAACGAAGAAGGUGCGAGUCCUGCACGCGCAAAGGCAACUAGGAGGAUUAGAUUCCAGGACGAAAUGAUGAAAAGUGAUGAAUCCGUUACAAAGAUAAUACAAAAUGAAGGGGAAAGGCUAGAUAAAAAGAAGAAACAAAUUCCUAUCCCCCCACACGGAGUGAAUACAAUUCCAAGUGAAGAGAAAACCAAGAGGAGGCACAAAGAAAAGGGAAAACAUUUUCAAAACAAAAAAAAUUAUGAAUUUAGAGAACUUGUGUCGUCCACUAUUAAUAUGUGCCAUCCGAAAAUUAAAGGCAUAAAUGAUACGGAUGAUAUUUUAAGCAACAUGGAAAAAAUUUCGAAAAUUGUUAUACUGGAUGAUAGAAGCAGGGGAAGCGGCACGAAUGAAGUGGAGGAAGAUGAAAGCACCAACAGUCUCUACGACGAUGUAGAUAACAUCCUAGACGAUCGGAAAAAAAUGUAUAUGAAGAAAAAAAAUGAAUAUCUUAUGAGGAAAACAAAAACUGAAGGUUUAGCAAACACUACGGAGGAUGAAAAGGGGAAAGAACAGAGCAGCGAGGGAGGAAACUUAAACGAUUUACAAAAAAACAGCUCCGGUAGGAUAAAUCCCCUCGAUAAUAAAACUGCACAAGUAGAACGAACCGAUUUUAUGUACUACCUAAAUAAUGACAUGAUAGAAUUAAAUGAAAAUGUUUUCAAAUUAUACCAUGGGACAUGUGAUUACACACAUCGAAAUUUGUGUGCAAGGAACAUCAUCAACAUUGUACCCCACCUGAACAACAUAUAUGAACGUCAAAAUUUGAGCUACAUAAAGGACUCGCCAAAUUUUGACGAAGUGUAUAAAGUUGUUCCUGAGUGGAAAAACUCCUUCGAGAUGUUAAACAAGAAAGCGCAAGAAGAUACAGAGGAUAUGAAAAAUGUGCUCAGAAGGAUCGAAAAUAUACAAAAUGAUUUAGACGAAUUGGGCAGAGAGCUCAUUGAAGAUAAAAAAGAAUUCGAAAAUAUUAAAUUCGAAACUGUACAGCAUGAAUCCAUGAUAACAAAUUUAGAGAAAAAAAAUAAAAUGCUUAUUAAGGGUGUUCUGAAAUUGGAUAACAUAUCCUUUAAGUUGAAAAAGAUACACAAUAUAAAUACCAAUAAUAUGAAUAAUUUUACCAUUGUAGAAAAUGUGAACAGAUUAUUAAAAUAUAUGGAUAGUUCUCUGAGUGAUUAUUCACAGCUUUUUUCAGAGGAAAAAACUAUGGACAUUCUACGAUUCCAGCCAAUAGAUAAUGUUUAUAACUUUCUUACCAACACAGAUGAUGAAUCAUGCUUCAUUAUGAAUCUCCUAAAAGAGGAAUUGAAGGAAAUGAUACUAGAGAAGAAAGAUCAAAUGCAAAAUAUCAUAAGGAAGACUAUGCUAUACAAUGCAUACGACACAAAUAGUUACAAGGAGCACAUCACCAACACGCUAAAUAAACAAAGCCUAAUGAUAAAUCGAAUAAAAUGCAACAUUCACAGUAAUGUAAUGUUACUCUUCGAAAUGUAUGAAAAAUUUGAAAAAAAAAAUAUGAAGGUUGUAAAAAUUGGGCAACGUCACAUAAAAAAUUAUCUAAAUGAUGAAAGGAAAGCAUCUUACAUUGUAAAAUCUGUUCAUGAUAAUAAAAAAAAUAUCUCGAAAUAUUUUAACAGUAUUAAUUUUACUCGCAACAAACCAAUUAUUCAUCCUUUCUUUAUUCAUUUUUGUUUAAGUGAACAUUUUGUUCAUCAUUUUAUUACCUUUGUUCUGGAUCCUUUAUCAGACCAACACCAGAAAAAUUUCCUACAGUAUUGUUCUGUGCCUGGUUUCAGCUCCCCAUUAUUUGUUGAAAAAAUUGUCAAACUGUACAGACAAGAAGAACAAUUCACCAAAAGUGACACUUCCUAUGACUUUAGGUCUGCCUACUCCAGAAUUAUCCUCCCAGAAUUAUUAAACCUUUGUAAUAAUUCAUACCCUAAUCAACAGUACGAAAGAUGGAAUGAAGAAAAUCAAUAUUUGAUAGCUUUGAAAAUGGCUUCAGAUUUUUGUUUUAAAUCGCUACUAGAGAACAACCAAUCUCAUCACCUCUCCUCUGUGGAUACUAAUAAUGCCUUCAAUUUGUUUCACUACAUCCCGGAGUCGAUAACCAACAUGAGCGCCAGUUCGACUGUUCCAAACCAGACAAGUUAUACUGCUCUUAAUACUAACAACAAUUUUACCUUCAGCAAUAGUAGUACUGGUCCCCUCUCCUCCUUUGGAAUGAGAAACUUUGGUUCUUCCAACAAAUUCGGGACCGCUUCCCCAUUUAGUAACAACACCAUGAUGAUGAUGAAUAGUAGUUCCACCCUCAGCAGCAAUACUAGCGGGAUGUUUGGUCAGAGCACCGGAAGUGUAUUUCCUGGUGGUACUUCUUCCACCGCUGGGAUGUUCGGAAGUUUCAACGCCUCCCCGGCGACCAGCGGCAUGAACCCCGCAGGUGCCUCUACAAACCAGUUUGGCGGCCUCUCCAAUCAGUUUGGUGGAUCUUCCAAUCAAUUUGGUGGAUCUUCCAAUCAGUUUGGUGGAUCUUCCAACCAGUUUGGUGUGUCUUCUAACCAAUUUGGUGGAUCUUCUAACCAGUUUGGUGGCCCUGCGAGCAACACGUUUGGAACGAACAACGUUAGCCCCCAGAGCGGAUUUAACCAAAACAGAAGCAACUCUUUUCUUGGGGGCACCUCUGGCGGGAUGUUCGGAAGUACCAACUCAACGGCCACGGGUGGUAGCGCAACCCAGCUUGGAAACAGCUCCAGCUUCUUUGGGGGAACGGCGAACAGUUCGACUGGCAUGUUCGGAAGUAAUUUCAAACAAAGCGUGUCUAACAAUAUGUUUGGAAAUAAUCCAACCGCUACUCAACCAGGCACGCAACUGGGAGGAGGGACAAGUAACCUGUUUGGAACGAGCGGAAGUGCAAGUAAGGGGAAUUUCUUCAACAGCAAUAGUGGCGGUGGUGCGCUAGGAAUGUCGACCAACACGAUGAGCGGAAAUACGGGACUCUUUAACCAGGGCAUCGGUGCCAAUGUUAGCGCCAAUGUCAGCGCCAACACGAACAACACCCUCUUCGGUGGCCUCCCCUCAAAUAGCACAAGUAUGUCCAACUCGCAGUUCGCGAAGAGUGGGCAAAUGGGCUCAAGUAACUUAUUCAGCAGUGGCCCUAACACAGCGGGCGGCAUGAACAUGAACAUGAAUAGCCAGAAUAACAACAGUGGAAACAUGUUCUUAUCCCUUAACAAUCAAUCCAACACAAAUAUCUUCUCAAGUAACAACAAUAGCGGCAGCCCCUUUGGAAAAAACUUCACCAGUGGUAGUAACCCCCAGUUGAAGGAUAACAUGUUCUCAUCUACCCAAUCAAUCAACAGGAAUCCAAUGAUGAGUAGUAAUUUCUUUUCUGCAAAUAAGGACACGACCAGUACCGGGACGAAUAAUAGCACUUUCUUUUCGAACACUUCUAUGGGUAACACCUCCACCGGUGUAAACACUGGUGCAUAUCCCUUUGGAAACAAGCAAAACUUUGGAACUUCCGGCAUAAUCUCUGGAGGAAUAAGCUCAGGCCAGGCCAACCAAAGCGGAGACCUCUUCAAUAGGGGUGGUAUGUACGCUGGGCAAAUGUCAACUGUUUCUAGAAACACCAAUUUUAACAACCUCACUAGCAACAUCAAUAGCAAUAACCGAAUGGACAAUUCCCUUUCCGCCAAUAAGUAUGGGAAUUACUUCGAGAAUAAUAGCACCUCCAAAAAUAGCAUCUUUGCUACAAGUGCAAAUAACCUAUCAAGUAACAGUAACAACAAUUUGUUUAACAUAAAUUCAGGCAAUAAAAAUAGCAACAUGUUUAAUAAUCCAAGUAGUAACAACACGUCCAUGGGAAGUAUGUUUGGCGGCAACGUAUCCUACGGUAGUAACGCCAACAGUUUGUCGUAUAACAAUAGCACCGGUAGAAAUACCACGAACAAUUUGCUUAGUUCACAAAAUAACAACCAGUUUAGGUCAUCUGUAGGAAUGAUGUCCGCAAGCAACACUCCCACCAACAACAGUAAUAACCUGUUCCUAACUAACAACAAUAAAUCCUCCUUCAUGUUCUCAAAUGAAAAUAAAGGAAUAAGUAACCCCACGACAUAUAAUAAUAAUAAUUUGUUCCAGAAUGCAAGUAACAGUUUUCUCUCCAAUAACACACCAGGAAUGACAUCGCCAUCCAAUAUGUCCAGUAGUUUAUUCCAGAAAAGUACCUAUUCUUCUCUAAAUCAGAACAAACCACCCAUGUCAAAUUUUAACACUAACAACAACAACCCAAGCAACUUCGGGUUGAUCAACCAAAACGGCGGCAUCAUGGGUGGCACCAACAUUGGAACCAACAGCAACGUUAACCGAUUCCAGCAGAACGGCUCAUCCAACUUCCCCUCAGUCUUCAAUCCAUCUAACAAGGGAAACACCAUCUUUUCGAGGUAA